CAGAUCUCGCCUCGCUGAGUUAAUCACGCAUCGUCUAGCGUCAAUCCAGACUUUAAUCUUGAAGGCUCGGCUGUCACAGGGAAUGGCAGUAUCUCAGACAGUUGAUACAACGGAGAGAUUAGCUGCACUCAGAAGCAUCCUCGCAAGCAGGUCUCCUCCCAUAGAUGCGUUUGUAGUUCCGAGUGAGGAUGCACAUUUUAGCGAGUUUCCUUCCCGCAGCGACGCACGGAGGGCUUUCAUUUCUGGAUUCGAUGGAUCUGCUGGUUGUGCCAUUGUAACCAGUUCGGAUGCCUACUUAUUCACGGAUGGUCGUUAUUUCUUACAAGCCUCAAAGCAACUUGACAAGAACUGGACUUUAAUGAAGACAGGCCUUCCAGGCGUGCCUACGUGGCAAGAAUUCCUUUCCGAUAAACUGGAAAAGGAAAGGCAUAUUGGCAUUGACCCCACCCUCAUUUCAGCUGCCGACGCGCAAACUUUACGGAAAUCUCUCGAGCAAAGGAACUCUGACCUCGUACCGAUCAAUAAGAACCCAGUAGACGACGUAUGGGGCUCCAACAGGCCCCCGCGAGUCAAGAAUAAAGUAUACCCUCUCGAGGUCAAGUAUUCUGGUCGGUCCUUGGAAGAUAAGAUUGCGGACCUUAGAGAAAAGAUUCAGAAAAAGAAUGCAGCUGGGAUGGUCGUAAAUAUGCUUGAUGAGGUGGCUUGGCUUGUCAACCUCAGGGGAGCUGAUAUUGAUUACAACCCCGUCUUUUUCGCAUAUGUCGUCUUGACCCUGGACAAAACAGUGCUUUUCAUUGAUAAAGCGCAGGUUGGCGAUGACGUUCGAGACCAUCUUGGCAGCAGCGUCGAGCUCCAGCCGUAUGAGUCGAUUUUCGACUACUUGAAGGAGCUAAGCUCUACUCUGAACUUGAACGCGGAAAAGCGGUUCCUACUUAGUCAAAACGCGAGCCUAGCAAUAGCGAACGCCAUUGGACAAGAUAAUUUCACCAUCGCACCUUCGUUAGUUGCGGAAGUCAAGGCCAUAAAGAACGACACGGAGCUCGCGGGUUUCCGCCAAUGUCAUAUUCGGGAUGGCUCGGCACUGGUUCGCUACUUGGCAUGGUUAGAAGAGCAAUUGAAUUCUGGUGCGAGCUUUACAGAAAGCCAAGUUGCCGACAAGCUUGAGGAAUUCCGAUCGGAACUUCAAUACUUCAAGGGGUUAUCGUUCCCUACUAUAAGUGCCGCUGGUCCUAACGCCGCCGUCAUCCAUUACCUGCCGGAACGGGAUACUUGCUCGGCAGUCAGGAAAGAUCAGGUAUAUUUGUGUGAUUCAGGAGCCCAGUUUCUUGACGGCACGACGGACGUAACGAGGACAUGGCACUUCGGAACUCCUACCGACGAAGAAAAGAGGGCAUACACGCGCGUUCUGCAAGGUCACAUUGCACUUGACACCCUAGUCUUCCCGAAUGGUACUACAGGAUUCAUCAUCGAUGCGAUGGCACGGAGACCAUUAUGGCAAGACGGGCUUGACUACAGGCAUGGCACAGGACACGGCGUCGGACACUUCCUAAACGUACACGAAGGUCCACACGGAAUCGGCGUGCGCAUAGCGUACAACAACACUCCACUUAAGGCUGGUAUGAUCGUCACUAACGAACCUGGAUACUACGAAGACGGUCACUUCGGCAUCCGCACUGAGAACGUACUCAUAGUACGCGAGGCAAAGACACCAAACGACUUCGGGUCCAAGGGAUAUCUAUGCUUCGAGAACGUCACAAUGUGCCCCAUCCAGACGAAACUAAUCGCACAAGAACUACUCACACCAGCAGAACGCACAUGGGUCAACAAAUACCACGAGGAAAUCUGCCAGAAACUCAGCCCACUGCUUGCGAACGAUACUCGUGCCUUGGCAUGGCUCGAACGCGAAUGCACAGCGAUAUGAAGUUUGAUUUUUGAUUAAGUAGCAGGAAACAUGCUCGUAUGGGUAUUGAAAGUAAUCAAGAAAGACGUUUAUUAAAACCCAAAAAUACAAGAGUGGCGUAAUAGGGAACAGGAAAAUAAACAAUCUAUGAAACACAUUUUCGCAACUUGUUUUUGUUUCACAUAAAUAACAGUUUAAAGAAGAAACAACGAUCUUAAGCCUAAGGAUACAUCGAGAAAAUGGCCAUCGACUUCAUCUUAUCAACCCAAAGUGGGUUGUCUCCCGCUUCUAAAUACCCAAUUAUCCUCUCUUCAUCCAUUAACAAACCAGUAUACAAACUGUCAUCUCCUUCAAUCGUAUAUUCAACACAAGGUAACUCGCCCGUCACCUCCCCUUUCCUGAAGUAUUGCCUGAAGACUUUUGGCGUCUUGUCCCGUACGCGGACAGACGUCCGCCGAAGAUAGGUGUUGUUGUCGUCGUUGAUCACGCUUGGGAAUGGUGCAGGGGUAGCAAUAGGAUUAUUAUUAGGGUGGAAAGGCACGUGCAUGGGAGGGGUUUCUUGCCAAUCUAAAGACAGUUCGUCUGGAGUGACGGGAUCGACUAGUGGGUCCCCAAUAUCCGGAAAUGGUAUCACAUCUGGGGAGUCCUCAUCGUCUGUAGUGCUCUCGUCGGUGUCUUCGCGAGCAUUUUGAGACGCUUCUACAUGUCCUGCAGUAGCCUGAAUUUCCGCCUGACCCAGUCCCUGAUCCACAUAGUAAUCUUCUGCAUCGAUUGAUGGACCGGCGCCUUCCACUUCCGCCAUUUCAGCCGAAGCAGACACCUCGAAUACAUCCCUAUCCAUCGCCUCAUCAGGUUCUCCAGGUUCAGACAAGUCUACAUCUUCGUCUUCAGAGUCUUCCUCCAGUUCCCCAUGUCUGCUAUCAACAUGCACACCCACCCCCUUCGCCAUAGCCUUCCUCACCUCGUACGGAUUAAAAUCCCUAACAACGAUGGUAGGGCGCCAGGGAUUCGUCUGAGAAAGCCCAGCGAAGACUUGCCGCUGUCCCGCAGUAGUCGUUACCCAUUCCACCGCGUCGUCCUCAAGUCGCCAACGGGUCACGUUCGGCCCCCAGUCCUCCCACCUCACGACAGGGACAGCAUCUUCGCCUACUUCAGGACACCACCCACUCAAUGCAGCGGCCUUGCGCUCCUCAAAGACUUCCAGCGCGAGCCGCGCAAGCGUCGAACGAUGCACGAUAAGGUUCGCCGAGGGGCCAAAGGGCAUACCAUGAGUAUCUUCGUUCAUAACGAUAAAGUUGAAGGAUAUAAUCGCGCGGAGUGGGUCAGCAGAGAUCCCAUGUCGAGCUGCACCCCACGAUUUUCUUCGUACGUUGCCUCCACCAGGAUCUUCAGUCGGAGUACAUCCUCCCGGGUUCAGUGGAUCUGGGGUCGAUGAGGUAGGAUUUGGAUCGCUGCGACAUGACGCACUACGUAGGUGGAAUCCUUCGACGAGAUCCGGUAGUUGAAGUCUUCGUAGCCAACACACCCUUUCAGAACCGUCUGGUGCUGGGAAUAUGUGGAUAAGGUCAAGCGAGCUGUCUUCCAUAUUCGGCAUAACAAAGAGGGAUGGUGUGACAAAGGCUAGACUACAAUAAGUUUCAUCAUCGUAUUCCUGAUGGUGGAUAAGUUUCCCUGUUUGCCAGUUAAAGACGUACAGGUCCUCGACGACAUUACGAACAACAGCUCUAGGAAAAGUCAGCAUAAUAAUGAGAUACUUUCCUGCAACCUCCAUGAUUGGGGAGGGUCGACGGUAAGAUGCCGGUUUUUCUGCGAUUGGCAAUAUUGGUUCCUUUGCUAAUGGAUGUAGCGACUUGCUUGAAAACUGAUACAAAUUGGCUUUUAUUACUUGCAUAUCUUCUGCAUUAGCGGAAUCUGCAUCAUAGCUUUUUAUAGAAUAACUAACGAGCACGAAAAGGUCGUACUCCUUGAGAGCGAGGCUAAAGUCCGCAAUGUCACCAUU